AACUGCAGGCAUCGUGCGUGGCAGAAAGAAGAUCCUAGAGGAUGCUGCGUCUCCUGCUCAUCUGCCUUCUGCCAGGCACUAGUGGGGAGAACUGUCUCCGCUGCUGGUCAGACUUGCCUGCCCUGCUUGACUAUGACCUACAGAUUCUCUGGGGCACCCCAGGGCCACCUGCAGAACUCUCCCAGAGCCUCCACUCCCUUUUCCAAGAGGACAACGACUUGUUCCAAACGUGGUAUCUUGAUCGAGAUCUUGUAGAAGAGGAGACAGCCAAACUCUUCAACCAAGUAGAUCAAGCCAUUGGGAAGUUUAGGGACGACAAAGCAUUACUUCUGAGAGAGAUUCAUAUGCACAAGGACCUCUUUGCCCAGAGGCUGAACAAAAGAGCUGAGGGGCUGAGGGAGCAGACCUGCAAUAAGUCAUGCGGUUUCAGGUCUAAAAUGGAGGUCACCACAUGUGCCAACUGCAAGGCUCACUUUCUGUCUUGCAAUGACCCUGUCUUCUGCCCAGCCAGGGACCUUCAGAGCAACAAGUGGACUAUGCUCCUCCUGGGCUUCGGGAUUGCACUACCCCUGAUCACAGCUGGAGGUGGGUGUUAUCUCUUGUGGCUCAAGAAGAAGAAGGAGGAGGAGACAGAAGAGGUCACCACACUGCUGCCUCUGUCUGGCUCCCAGGAACAAGGGAGUUACUCAUCUCUCAAAAAUAAACAGGGGACACUAGAAAGCUCACACACAACUGUUUCUGAGCUUUCCAUCCUGUGACCCCUUGCAUUCCAGGGCCACAAGACCCUCAAGGUUCUGCGGUCAUGCCCUCGAGAUGGCAGGCCCUCAUGGUUUCCCUCCACACAUGCCUUUGUAAAAAAGCCCUUCAUUAAACAUCCCUUGAAUUCUAAGAGACUGCACCUUCU